CAACUGUCGUUGAGAAACCAACGGAAGUCAACUAGCUGUCAGUCGUGGCUGUCUUGCGUUCUUUUUCCGGCAAUCGGAUUUGUGUGAAAGACACACUUGAUUUUGCUGCGGACUUAAACAAUGUCUAAGAGAGGACGUGGAGGAUCCGCGGGAGGAAAAUUCCGCAUCUCGCUCGGUCUGCCGGUUGGCGCCGUCAUCAACUGUGCUGACAACACGGGGGCCAAGAACCUGUACGUCAUUGCUGUCCAUGGCAUUCGCGGUCGUUUGAACCGUCUGCCUGCGGCUGGAGUCGGUGACAUGUUCGUAGCCACGGUAAAGAAGGGUAAACCAGAGCUGCGUAAAAAGGUAAUGCCAGCCGUCGUGAUUCGGCAGCGUAAACCGUUCCGCAGGCGAGAUGGUGUUUUUCUAUACUUUGAGGACAAUGCAGGUGUGAUAGUAAACAACAAGGGUGAAAUGAAAGGCUCUGCUAUCACCGGUCCCGUUGCGAAGGAAUGCGCUGACCUGUGGCCUCGUAUCGCGUCCAAUGCCGGUUCGAUAGCCUAAGCAAAGCGGCACAAAGAAUAUGCAAAUCAACAUCAGCAUACAGAGUGGCGAAAAGUUUGUUAUGUUUCAACGCGUCGGUGAAACAUCUAACGUUGCUCGGUGAUUGGAGUAUCAUCUGUUCAAGCACCGCAAAAGGGAAAUAUAAUACACAUUGAAACCCAGCUA